AUGAUGAAGGUGUCGGUGCCGGCCGCGGUGCUGGCGCUGUGCGCGGCGGCGCUGCUGCUGCUGGCGCAGGCGCCGUCGGCGGCGGAGGCCUCGCACCAUCUCAAGCUGGGGUACUACAAGGAGACCUGCCCCGGCGUGGAGAAGAUCGUCAAGUACCACGUCGCCAAGGCCAUCAAGGCCAACCGCGGCGCCGGCGCCGCGCUCGUCCGCCUCAUCUUCCACGACUGCUUCGUCAGGAUCGUGCCGGCGUACCGGAACCUGCUGUCGGCAAAGUGCGGCGCGGGUCCGGACCCCGUGGUGCCCAACAACGUCCGCGACGAGGACCCCCGCGCCGUGGCGGCGUCGUUCCCGUCGUUCCUCAAGAAGCUCCGGAAGGCGAGGGAAUUCUUGGACAACAGCUACUACCACAACAACCUGGCAAGGAUCGUCACGUUCAACUCCGACUGGCAGCUGCUCACGGAGAAGGAGGCGCUGGGGCAUGUGAAGGAGUACGCCGAGAACGGCACGCUGUGGGACGAGGACUUCUCCGACGCGCUCGUCAAGCUCAGCAAGCUGCCCAUGCCGCCGCACAGCAAGGGGGAGAUCAGGAAGACAUGCCGCUGGGUCAACCACGACCACUGA